AUGCAUGCAAACAAUGUAGAUCUUUACAAGUUGGUAAGAAUGAACAAUUUCUCUGAAGUAACAUCUUUCCUUCUGUCUGAUUACUACGGCAUGAAGGACCUGAAGCCGCUGUACUUCUGCAUGUUCCUGAUUUUAUACAUAACUAUUAUUGUUGAAAAUGUUGCAUUGAUUUGGGUGGUCUAUCGUGAAAAGCACCUGCAUGAGCCGAUGUAUUUGCUGCUGUGUAACUUGGCUGUGAAUGGUUUGUAUGGAGGCAGCGCUCUGCUGCCGGCGCUGCUGAGCAUCAUGCUCUCCCACUCCUAUGAGAUAUCUCUGUCGCUGUGUCAGACACAGAUCUACGCCAUUCACACGUUUGUCAUCAUUGAAUUCACAAUUCUCGCUGUGAUGAGUUACGACAGAUACGUGGCCAUUUGUCACCCUCUGCCAUAUCAUGCGCUCAUGUCACAGAAACUUGUGAAACUCAUCAUUUUCAUGUGGCUGUUCCCCAUGCUGGCAUUUUUAAUUGUUUUCAUUUUCACUCUUCAGCUGAGGUUUUGUAAUAGAUCCAUUGAGAAGGUGUACUGUGCUAACUUCCUUCUGGUGAAACUUGCUUGCACGGAUACUUCUGUUGUUAACAUAAUUGGCCUGUUAUCUGUAGGUGUCUAUGCAUUACCACAGCUUAUCAUGAUCUUUUAUUCAUAUGCACACAUCCUAAGGAUAUGUGCGCUGUCAUUUGGCAAAUCUGGGUUCAAAGCCUUGAAGACUUGCACGCCGCACCUACUAGCAAUCACUAACUUCUCCAUCGGGUGUUUUUUUGAAAUAGCACAAAGUCGAUUCAACAUUAGGAACCUGCCUUACGGAGUAAAGUUGUUUUUAUCUUUGUACUUUUUGAUAUUCCCGCCCAUCCUUAAUCCAGCGAUCUAUGGUUUGGGUAUCCAAAGCAUAAGAGUGCAACUGUUUAAGCAUUUUAGCAGAAAAAGUAAGCAAGUGCGAAUGAUGUAA